AUGCGUGAAAUAUGUCACUUACAAGCUGGUCAAUGUGGAAAUCAAAUUGGUGCAAAGUUUUGGGAAGUAAUAUCCGAUGAGCAUGGUAUCGACCCAACUGGAUCAUAUCACGGAGAUUCCGAUUUACAGUUAGAAAGAAUCAAUGUUUAUUACACCGAAGCACUUGGUAUUUUUAAUUUAUCAGGUGGUAAGUACGUACCUCGAGCAGUUCUUGUGGAUUUGGAACCUGGAACCAUGGAUUCGGUAAGAUCUGGCCCUUUUGGUCAAAUAUUCCGACCAGAUAACUUUGUUUUUGGGCAAUCUGGUGCAGGCAAUAACUGGGCUAAAGGACAUUAUACGGAGGGUGCUGAGUUAGUGGAAUCAGUGCUAGACGUGGUCAGAAAAGAAGCAGAGAGUUGCGACUGCCUGCAAGGGUUCCAACUKACUCAUUCACUAGGCGGUGGAACUGGUUCCGGCAUGGGCACUCUUUUGAUAUCAAAAAUUCGUGAAGAAUACCCAGACAGGAUCAUGACUACAUUUAGCAUCGUUCCUUCUCCCAAGGUAUCUGACACAGUCGUGGAACCAUACAAUUCUACAUUAUCUGUCCACCAGUUGGUAGAGAACACCGACAAAACAUUUUGCAUUGACAACGAAGCCCUAUAUGAUAUAUGCUUCAGGACACUGAAGCUCACAACACCUACGUACGGUGACUUGAAUCACUUGGUAUCGGCGGCAAUGUGCGGUGUGACCACUUGUUUCCGGUUUCCCGGGCAGCUCAAUUCAGACCUCCGGAAGCUGGCUGUUAACAUGGUUCCAUUCCCGCGUCUACAUUUCUUCAUCACUGGCUUUGCGCCUCUAACAUCCCGAGGAAGCCAACAGUACCGUGCGCUCACCGUUCCAGAACUGGUGCAGCAGAUGUUUGACGCCAAGAACAUGAUGGCUGCAUGCGACCCCAGACACGGCCGGUACCUGACGGCUGCCAGUAUAUUCCGGGGACGUAUGUCCAUGAAAGAAGUCGAUGAGCAGAUGCUAAAUGUACAGACCAAGAACUCUAGCUAUUUCGUCGAAUGGAUACCAAAUAACACGAAGACCGCGGUCUGCGAUAUACCACCCAGGGGUCUUAAGAUGUCAGCCACAUUUAUCGGCAACACAACAGCCAUCCAGGAGAUGUUCAAGCGCGUGUCUGAACAGUUUACAUCCAUGUUCCGGCGCAAGGCGUUUUUGCAUUGGUAUAUAGGUGAGGGUAUGGAUGAGAUGGAGUUUACUGAAGCCGAGUCAAACAUGAACGAUCUGGUAUCUGAAUACCAACAGUACCAGGACGCGACCGUCGAUGAGGAUGGUGAAGGAGAUGACGACGAUGAGGAUGCCGAAGCUUAA